AUGUACGGGCCGGGCGCGGGUGUCGACGGGGCGCUGGCUAGGGGGGCGGGGGCGGGGAAUGAGCUGCGCGUGCGACUGCAGGGCGCGCGACGGGCAGGGACCCGUCAUUCGCCACCCCCGCCACCCCCAUACCCUCCCCCCCCCCUGCGGCACCCGCAGCAGAGGGAUGGAGGAGAAGUGGGGGGCGGGGGGGGGGGGGCUGGUGCUGCAGAUCCCCUCCCCCCCACUGCUGCACCCGCAGCAGGGGGAUGGAGGAGAAAGGGGGGGGGGGGCAGGGGGGGGCUGGUGCUGCAGAUCCCCUCCCCCCCACUGCUGCACUCGCAGCAGGGGAAUGGAGAAGAAGGGGGGGAGGGGGGGGGGCUGCAGGGAGAGAGAGAGGAGGAGGUGGCGGGUGGCUGGUGUUGCAGAAACCCCUCCUGCCACCCCCUAGGUCAGCCACCCCCCGGAACCGCACCCCUCUUGCCACCCCCUCACCCUCCAUGA